AUGGCCAUCGGCAGCCCGAUCUCCCCGCAGCAUGCUGCUCAGACGCCCGCGGCGACCACCACAGGCAUCGACAUUGACGCCUGGACGAUAUCAGCGCUGCAAUCGCUCAGCGUCUCGCCGAUUGCCCGCGGCACCGGCACCCCGCUAUCCAUCCCGAUCGAUGACCAUGUGCCUUCCAAGGCCCGCGCUACGACGGACGCCCGCCGCGGGGUCGUCCAGUUCGACGCCGACGAGCCCGCGACGCCGCCCCGGCGGCCGCCCUCCCGACGAGACAGCAUGGCGCGUCGCGAGGCGCUCCUCAAGGGCAAGGAGGGCAGCCGGCAGCGCCGCCGGUGGGAAAACGACCGCCUGAUUGGCGUCCCCAACGCGCAACCGCCGCAGCCCUCCGACUGGCAGGUCCAGCCCACGCACCCCAUCCACGCCGUGCCGUACCAGGUCGCGCAGUUCUGGGACCGGGGCGUGCGCGAGCGCGUAGCCGACACGACGCGCCGCCUGCAGGCGGCCCGCAAGACGCAGCAACUGAUGCGCGGCAGCGCCACCGGCCUUGGCGUCGGCGAGGUGCCGCGCGACCUGCGCGAGUCGGCCAAGCGCUCCCCGGCCGUCCGGGGGUGGGUGCGCGCGCUCGAGGAGCCGGUGCGGCAGUUUGUCCACGCGCACAUCUCCUCUAGUGGCCGCGCCGCUGCCGUGGAGGCGGUGCAGGCGGAGGAUGACGAGCUGGACUCGGACGAGGAGGAGAUUGUGUUUGCGGGUCGCUCGGACGCCCUGCGUGCGCUGCAGGAGAGGAAGAAAACGACGACGAUGACGACGUACCGUGCUGCGGGGACGGGGGGGACGGCAGACGCGGGCGUCGUGUUUGACUCGUUUGGCGACGAUGAGAGCGCCUCAUUUAAGCGCUGGCUGACACACUCCAUCUCCGAUUACUACGGCCUGGCGUCGCGUUCGGUCCUAGUGGGCGGCUCGUCACAGAAGGUCGUCUAUGUCGGACUUAAACAAGCCCGUCAGAUGGCGCCGUCGCUGUCGAAGAUGCCACGGCCGCUGUGGGAGCUAUGCUGA